AUGGGGUGCAAGUGCCGACUCAAUGGUGACGGCUUGCAAGCAAACGAAUUUUUCGAGUCAAAAAUGAAGACAUGUUUGUACGACGUUGUCGACUACAUCUCAUACGCAUUUGGAUUGGUCAAUAUCCUCUUUUGGCUUGUCGCUCAAGCACCACAAAUUAUUAAGACGUUUAUGAUCAAAAAGGCGGACUCACUCUCGGUGACCUUCUUAAUCAUGUGGAUCGCAGGUGACAUCACUAAUCUCUUGGGAUGCAUCUUCACAGACCAGACACAAAUCCAGUUGUACACGUCAAUCUUCUUUGUUAUUGUCGACUCAGUGAUGCUCUCACAGUAUUUCUAUUAUAAAUACAUCAGACAACGAAUUGUCGACAAAUGUAAAAAGAAGAAAGGGGAAGACUUGGCUAAAAACAGCGAUGUGGAAAUGGAAGGAGACGAAGAGAAGCAAGGAGAAGCACAAUCCCCAAAAAGAAAUUCGGAUGUUUCUGACGUCGAAAUAUCAAAGGCGGAUAUUAAAAAGCUUCAACAUGACGAUUCAAGCAAAGAAGAAGAAGAGACAAGUGAUUUGGAAGAAGACAAAAAAGAAGACAAAGAAAAGUUUGCAAGUUCAGACUCGUCCGAAAAAGCAGUGUCUGAAGAAGACAAAAAGAGCGACAAGUCAUCAUCAUCAAAAGAAGAGCCGAAUCAAGAACCUUUCAAGGCCGAAAACGCAACGAAAUACUUAUUACCUCUUGUUCUGUUAUUAAUCUUUGCAAUAGCAGAAGACGUUAGUUCAAGUACUCCACCAGAAGAAGUGUUACAGUAUUGUGGAGAGUCUAAUUAUGGACUCUUUGGACGGAUUUUUGGGGAUAUUUGUGCGUGGAUUUCGGGAUUGUUGUACUUUGUUGGAAGAUUCCCACAAGCGUGGCAUUUGUAUAAAACUAAGAACGCUGAAGGGAUGUCAAUUCUCUUAUUCUUCUCAGCGACUAUGGCAAAUGUAUUCUAUAGUGUUUCAGUCUUUAUGUCUGGUAUUGAUUUCACGGAUCCAACUUUCUACGAAUCGACACUUGCUUACAUCGUCGGGUCAUUCUUUGUUAUUCCAUGUUCACUUCUCAUCAUUUUCCAAUACUUCUACUAUACAAGAAUUUACAAGCCCAAGAAAUGA